AUGAAAUUUUUACAAUUCCCUAUGGGGUUUAUUUACCUUGAGAAUCUUGGAUUUUUAGAUGUGAAGUUCGAUGAAUGGACUAAAUUAGAAGAUUUCAAAUAUCUUGAAACCAUUGAAUCCUUGGUCAAUUACCAAUUUGUUCCUUAUAUAAGAGCUCCAAUAUCAACGUAUGAUCAAUUGUAUUUUUUGCAAAACUUGUUAUCCACAGAAGAAGGAUUGAACUUUUUCCAAUAUGGCAAGGGGAAGGAAUUCCUAGAAAUUAUAAUAACAUCGACAGAAUUAAUGUUCCAUCAGAUUUUGCAUGAUGAUGAUUUCUAUGAUAUCGACAAUCAAGAUGAAUCACGUAAUUUUGUGGUUAAUUCAUUGAAACAGAAUUUAUGGAUUAUUGGAGGUAUUGCACUGGGUCAAUAUGGAAUCCAAUUAUUAGAUCCAAUGUAUAACAUCAAUUUGACCAAUCCUAUUAUAAGUGACAUUAUUUAUAAUUUUCAAAAGUGCCCAAUUUGGCAAAUUAGAGGAAUUUGUUUCUAUGUAUUGGGGAUGAUUUCAAGCACUAUUGAAGGGAUGGAAAUUUUAGACGAAUUUAAUUGGAUUAGUUGUAUUGAUCAAUAUGGAAAUAGUAAGAGAUUGGCAUAUCCUCGAUUUGAAAGAUUGGUGGAUGUGUUUAAUGUUGAAAUGAUUAACCCAUACAGAGACACAAGAUAUUAUCAUAUAUUUAACAGUAUCCCCAUGGAGAUUACUACGGAAAAUGACGAAGUUGCCGUGGCUGUUGAUAGUGAUGAAGAAUUGAUUGAUGAUUUGACUAUAUCUUUAAGACACAAGAUUAUAGUUUUAAUUACAAAUUUACAAGCUGUUUUAUCCAAGAUUGAGAAUAAGGCAGUUCGGGAGUUGAAUAAAAUUAAGUUUAGAUAUCCGGAGAUUUUUGAAAACGACGUUGAAUUAUUCUUAGAAGUUAUGAAACUUAUUGAUAAAGGGAACUUUUCAUUAUAUCAAAGAAGUUUUAUAUUUAAUUUGUUUCUUACUGGGAAUAGUAAAAUCCUAGAAAUCAUACUCAAAAAGAGGUGA